CCGAAGGAGCCAGGCUACUGACAGCUCUCAGCAUUUUGACGCCCUGCUCCCUGCUCCUGCACCAUGAAAAUCCUGCUUUGUGAUCUCCUGCUGCUCAGCCUCUUCUCCAGCGUGUCCGGCAGCUGCCAGAAGGACUGUCUGACCUGCCGGGAGAAGCUCCGCCCAGCUCUCGACCCCUUCAACCUUGAGGUGUGCAUCCUUGAGUGUGAAGGGAAGGUCUUCAGCAGGCCUCUCUGGACUCCGUGCACCAAGGUCAUGACCAGGGGCUCCUGGCAGCUCAGCCCUGCUGACCCAGAGCACAUGGCAGCUGCCCUUUACCAGCCAAGUGCCUCCGAGAUGCAACUGAAGCGCAUACCUCGCAUCAGGAGCCUAAUCCAAGCCCAGAAAGGGACAGAGCCUGGCAUGGAUGAGGCUGGAGAGAUGGAGCAGAAGCAGCUGCAGAAGAGGUUUGGCGGCUUCACCGGGGCCCGGAAGUCGGCCCGGAAGUUGGCCAACCAGAAGCGGUUCAGUGAGUUUAUGAGGCAGUACCUGGUCCUGAGCAUGCAGUCCAGCCAGCGCCGGCGCACCUUGCAUCAGAAUGGUAAUGUGUAGCUGGAAGGGGAGCCCCUCCCAGCUGCACCGUCCACUUCAACCCAUGAGUGUCCGGGUGAUCCCCAAAACAGCAUGUCUCCAGCCCCAGACCUGCCGGCUGGGAAUCAGGACUCCUUCUUCCCCAAGGCACUGAGGCAGGCUUUGCCU